UCUCGCCGGUUGGCAGCCUCGUUGGUUUGUUUUAGAUAAUGGAAUCCUGUCCUACUAUGAUUCACAAGAUGAUGUUUGCAAAGGGAGCAAAGGAAGUAUAAAGAUGGCAGUUUGUGAAAUUAAAGUCCAUUCAGCAGAUAACACAAGAAUGGAAUUAAUCAUUCCAGGAGAGCAACAUUUCUACAUGAAGGCAGUGAAUGCAGCUGAAAGACAAAGGUGGCUGGUUGCUCUGGGGAGCUCCAAAGCCUGUUUGUCUGAUACUAGGACUAAAAAAGAAAAAGAAAUAAGUGAAACCAGUGAAUCUCUGAAAACCAAAAUGUCUGAGCUUCGCCUCUACUGUGACCUCCUAAUGAAGCAAGUUCAUACGAUCCAAGAAUUUGUUCACCAUGAUGAGAAUCAUUCAUCUCCCAGCAUAGAGAACAUGAAUGAAGCCUCUUCUCUACUUAGUGCCACGUGUAAUACAUUCAUCACAACGCUUGAGGAAUGUGUGAAGAUAGCGAAUGCCAAGUUUAAACCUGAGAUGUUUCAGCUGUGCCAUCCGGAUCCCUUAGUUUCUCCUGUGUCACCUUCUCCUGUUCAAAUGAUGAAGCGUUCUGUCAGCCACCCUGGUUCUUGGAGUUCAGAGAGGAGUAGCCACUCUAUAAAAGAAACAGUGUCUACACUUCACCGACUCUCCCAGCGGCGCCGAAGAACCUACUCAGAUACAGACUCUUGUAAUGAUGUUCCUCUCGAAGACCCAGAUAGACCUGUUCACUGUUCCAGAAAUACACUUAAUGGAGAUUUGGCAUCAGCAACCAUUCCUGAAGAAAGCAGACUUAUGGCCAAAAAAAAAUCUGAAUCGGAAGAUCCUUUUCCAUCCUUCUCUUCCUGAGGAAACGGAAGUGUCCAACUUCCUCUAAGUAUUGCUAUGCAAAAGCUGCUGUAAUUAAACUAUGUUAUAGGGAGUAAUUUUUCCCUUAGGAUUUCUCUGCACUUUAUAGAAUAUUGUAAAACAAACAAACAAAAAACAACCCACAUACCUUUGAAGUGUAUUUUAUCUUUAUAUAGUUUAUUUGCAAGAGUAUUUUCCUAAUAACUUCACAGUAUGAAUGAAUAUGCAUCUUUUUUUUUUUUUUGAACAAAUGAUGGUGUAACAUUUUGACAUCUGUAAGGACAAAUGUA